CUACUUUGUUUCUUUCUUCAAUGUUUCUGCUGAAAACAAGCUAUUUCUCAGACUUUUUAAAAGUUGAUUUAUUAUUCUUUCCAGGUUUAUUGCGAACCUGUCGUUUGUAAAGUUGAUGUGACUUUACCAAGUGCAGAAGUUUCUAUAAUUAGAAGAAAAAAGGAAUUUGAAACUGGGAAAACAAACUAAAGCGAGCAGCAGCAGCAGCCAGGAUGAUCCCAGUGGGUGAAUUCAGAAACUUGGCCUCAGAGCAGCGGGAGAAGUAUCGGGUCCUCAAGCCAUGGUGGGAUGUUUUCUCCGAAUACCUGUGCAUUGCUAUGCUCAUGCUUGGAGUCUUUGGCUGCACCUUGCAGCUCACCCAAGACAAGAUUGCAUGCGUGCCUAGCCCCUUCACCAGCUCCACCCCUGAGGCGAUAGACUGCAGUCACAUCCGUAACUACAGAAUCAACGAGACGGGCCAACACUCACUUUCCACGCCCGUGAGCCCCAUCAUCCGGGAGGUCUUCGGUCGCAAAAACAAUCUGGACAUUCACCAGUAUGUGUUUGUCAACCACUAUUGCUACGAGAGGUUCGUUCACUGGUAUGCCAAGUUCUUCCCAUACCUGGUUGUGAUCCACACUAUGAUCUUCAUGGUAGCAAGCAGCUUCUGGUUCAAGUUCCCGGGGACUUCUUCUAAAAUUGACCUCUUCGUCACCAUUCUGGUUAAAUGUUUUGACUCACCCUGGACCACCAGGGCCCUGAGUGAAGUUUCUGAGGAGAGAGGGGAGGAGAAGCUUGUGAGUUUGCGUAGAAACACCAUAUCGAAGGAUCCCACCGAACGGCGACCGAAUGAGGAGGAGACUGUAGGGCUGCUCCUUCGCUCCUCCUCUGUCAAGUCUAACCCAGAGAAGAAAAGCCCAGAGCCUCAGUCUACUCUUUCUGUAUUGGAUAAGAAGGAAGGAGAGCAGGCCAAAGCUCUUUUUGAGAAAGUAAAGAAAUUUCGGACUCAUGUGGAGGAGGCAAGCCUCCUGCACCGCAUGUAUGUCUUACAAACAUCAUUGAAAGUCUUUAAGUUCAUAUUAAUUAUGAUCUAUACUGCUUUUCUGGUGCAACACAUCGAGAUAGUUGUGCGCUGUUAUGUCCCUCCUGAUAUCACUGGUUUUGACAUCUAUUGCUGUAACCACAACAGAGCCAAUCUUUUUUCCAAGCUUGCUUACUGCUAUUUCUGCUUUGUGGGAGUAUACGGACUUCUGUGCAUCUACACCCUUUACUGGCUGUUUCAUCGACCUCUGAAGGAGUACUCCUUUGAUCACGUCAGGCUGGAGACGGGCAUAAACGACAUACCGGACGUAAAGAAUGAUUUUGCGUUCCUCUUCCACCUUGUGGACCAAUACGAUGCUCUCUACUCUAAGAGAUUUGCUGUCUUCCUUUCUGAGGUCAGUGAGAGCCGCCUCCAUCAGCUUAAUCUCAACCAUGAAUGGACUGCCAAAAAGCUGCGCGGCCGUCUGGCGAAGAACUCCAGUGACCGACUGGAGCUGCACCUGCUAAUGCUGCCAGGGCUUCCUGACACAGUCUUUGACAUUGCAGAAAUGGAAUCUCUCAAACUGGAACAAGUUAAUAAUGUAACCAUCCCACCCAGUAUAGCAAAGUUAGACUCUCUGCAGGAGUUGUCGCUGGUGUAUUGCCCUGCAAAGCUCCAGCUGCCCGCACUGAACCACCUCAAGCAAAGACUGAAGAUUUUACGUGUAGCUUUCGAAAAUGCUGAGGACUUGCCUGUGUGGAUGUACACUUUAAAUGGCCUUGAGGAGUUGCACCUGAAUGGCCCCCUGGCCAAUGAGAUGUCCAAGAGUGGCAGCCUGGACUCUCUCCGGGAACUUCGAGCAUUGAGGGUCCUCACUCUCCGCUCUAAUCUUUCAAAGAUCCCCCCUACUUUAGCAGAUGUUGCGUUACAACUGCAGCGACUGUACAUCCACAACGAGGGAGUCAAGCUCCAAGCGUUCAGCAUCCUGAAGAAGCUAAUCAAUCUAUGUUCACUGGAGGUUGUGGGCUGUGAGUUGGAACGCAUCCCAAGCGCCGUCUUCAGCCUGAGCAAUCUGCAGGAGUUGGACCUGAAGGAAAACAAACUGACCACGGUGGAGGAGAUUCUGAGCCUGCAGCACUGCCAGCGCUUAGUGACACUCCGGCUGUGGCACAACAAAAUCACUUACAUCCCUGACCACAUCAGUAAGCUGCACGCACUGGAGACACUGGACAUCAGCUGGAACAAGAUAUGGAAGCUCCCUUCCCGACUGUUCUACUGCACCAAACUCAGGCACCUGGAUCUCUCCCACAAUCAGAUCACCAAUCUCCCUCCUGAAAUUGGCAUCCUGCAGGGCCUUCAGUUCUUUUCUGCUGCAUUCAACUCCAUAGAAACUCUGCCAGAUGAGCUCUUCUCCUGUAAAAGGCUAAAAACACUGGUUCUCAGUAACAACCGCUUGUCAUACAUUAACUCCAGAGUGGCCAGCCUGGCCCAACUGGUUCGUCUGGAUAUUAAAGGCAAUCCCCUGGAGUCUCUUCCUCUGGAGAUAAUGGACUGUCCCCUGCUGACUCGCAGUGGAUUGAUAGUGGAGGACAGUCUGCUGGAUCUGCUGCCAUCGGAUGCACUAAACAACUUGGCUCAAGCCUGAGUCUCUCGGGUGGACAUUUGUAAUGGGAGUGCCUUAUGUUAGUAUCUGAAAGUGAAAUAUUAACACAUGAAAACCUAUGCAUGUGUUAAUCAGUGUUUUUCGCUUACAUGGAAAAAGUUUUUUUUUUUUUUUUUCACAGAAGACAAGAUCCAAGAAAUGGAUUCAAGAAGUUUAUUGAAAAGAAAGAAGGAUUUUUGGGAAGCAGUUCCACUGUCAGGUUAAUCUUCACCAUAAAACACUCCCACUCUAUUAUCUAAACGUGAUUCAUCUAUUUUUAUGCGGGACCUGCAUUACCACAAGACCAAAACAUGCACUGUCACUGGGAACAAGAAGGCACUGGGUCAGAUAGUUAAUACAGUGUAUUACAGUUUUGUUAGAUGACAAGGAAUGAAAUCAGGAGCUUUGUUUUUGGACAAUAGUUUUAAAUUUGGAGAAGAGUUUAGGCUGCAAAAUAAAGUACCUUUACCACGAAAAUCUGUAGCCCACCCAGAUAUUUGUUUCUCGCUGUAUUUGAUAGGCAUUCAACUGGUCCCUGUUUCUGAAGGUGAAAACAGUAUCCUCUAAAACAUGCUCAGAUUACAUGUGACCUCAGAAAAGUAUGCCAGUGUUGCACCAGGACUUCAUGGGUUUACAGAUUAACAAUCAAGGUGGGAUUUUUAUGAGAAGAGUCAUAAAAUGUGUGCUGAAUUUUUGGUUUGAAACAAUGACUUGUUCAUAAUUAUGCAUAUUUAAAUGCAUUUUUUUCAUGUAUGUUUUAAUUUCUGGAUUGUAAAUAUCUUCACAUUGUGUUAUUAUCAGCAUUUUUACUCAGACUCGACUUUUGUUUUCUGACCAAUUUGUGCUGUAUCCUGUUGAACAGGUUGAUAGAGCAUGAAUGAAGAAGUGUUUCCCACAGUGUGGCGGCUCAUGUUGCUCCCUUUCAGGCUCCAAACAGGCCUUGGCGGGGGACAAAGUCUUUCAGUAGCAGCAUAAAAGCUGUUCAUCUCUCUGUUUACGUUUUCGCUCCGGCAAGAAUUAUCUGGAUUCAUGUGAUUAUGAAUCAGACAAAAGUAAACUGACUGUGAUGUUUAGUGUGCACAACAGAAUACCAUAGUUAAUUGUCUGCCAUGAGAAAACGAAAAAGAAAAUGUUUUGUGUGGUUCAGGCCCAGCUCUUUUUUUAACUUUCUUUUUGGGAACAAAUCACUGACUUCUCUAAAGUGUAAAACAUGUUUUUUGCUCUGUUUUCUGGUAAUUUAUAAGCAGAAUUCAAUUUUUUUAAAGGGGUAGGGGGUAGUAUGAGGGACCUGAAAAAGAAAGAAAUGUUUCAAACUGUAAUUAAUAAACCUAAAUCCCCAAAUUGAUUGCUUUUUUUAUGUUGGACACUAUUUAUAUGUAGUCAUAGUAUGCUGUUGAGGUGAUAAGCAAAAAAAAAACAUUGAAACUGGAGCUUAUUACUUACUAACAGGAGUCACUUUUACCUGGGAAUUCUUUGUUCCAGUUACCUUAACAAACAGAUGCUUUCGGAAUUCUUUUGCACUUCCUCCCUCUCGGAUUGUUUUGGCCUUGAACUCAGACUCAUAAUAAACCUGAAACUCCUUCCAGUAGUCAGUUGGAACUGCAGUGUGGUCAUGUCCAGGCCUGCAGCAGAUCCUGUCAGUCAGUGUACAAACGUACCUUUGUAGUAUUCGAGCAGGCACCGAAGACGGGCCCUGGAGUCAAACAUGUCGCCUCCCAUAGUCUAGAUUUAUCUGAGAAGAAUUUAGCCAUUAGAGGAAGAGUGAAGAAUUUGCAUGGCAGAAUUUACAGUCAGAGCUACUGUAAUAGCACUUGGUCAAUCAUUUUCUUGUUCCGUGUCUUCAGAGUCAUGAUGGCAGUCAGAUGUGUCACCGGUAUUUAUUCGUUCGCCAGGCUGAGCAACGAAAUAAGAUAAGAUAAACUUUUAUGAGAAAUUUGCAGUGUCACAACAACAUGUCGACAGUCACACAGAGAAAGCUACAAACUUUAGCAAUAAAAAAUACAGUGUGUAUAAAAAGUAUAAACACAAGCUGAGCUACCUGAAUUUUGCUCUACUGCACCUCCAUUUAAAAAUAGAUAUUAAACUCAAUUACUGUACUGGGAGAAUUGAGUGUUUGUUGCACAGUUCGAGGAGCAGUGUUGAUUGAUUGUACAGUCUGACAGCAGCUGGAAAGAAAUACCUGCAGUAUCUCUCCUUCCCACCUUUUCAAUAACACAGCCUGAAGUCACUGCAGGAGCUCUGCAGAGAUGCUAUUGUGUCCUACAUGGGUUGUGAGUCAUUGUCCAUCAUGGAUGACAGACAGCUUGGCCAUCAUCCUUCUCUCUCUAACUACCUCCACUGAGUCGAGGGGCCACUCCAGGACGGAGCUGGCCUUCCUUAUUAGGCUGUCAAAUCUCUUUCUGCCUGUAGCAGAUUACUCCAUAAAAGAUGGUUGAUGCCACCACAGUAUCAUAAAACAUCCUCAGGAGUGUCCCCUGUACUCUGAGAGACCUCAGCCUCCAGCUCUUUAGCUUUCCCUGCAUUGAUCCGAAGGCCAGUUUUGUUGGCACCGAUCCACAAAGUCCUGCACGAGCUCCUUGUUUACUUCCUGUCAUCCUCAUCUACAAUGAGGCCGACGGUCAACGAUUCCAAGUUAAACUGAGUUUAUACGGUGGCUGUAAAAGAAAGAGCAUUUCACUUUAAAAUCACUGGCUGUGUCCCACUGUCCCUCACACUAAGGGCUCUAACUUCGCAGACUGCGCCGAAUCCGCCCGCUGUCAGCGGAGGGCAGAGUGUGCCGUCGGCGGAUAAAGUCAACGGGGCGUGUCCAGAAAAUUGUCCC